CGUCGAAUUAGCUUCCUAGAAAUUACAUAGGAAAGAGCCACAAGAGUAUCAAGGUUGCAGAUAAAAAUAAAAUACUCUGUUUUUUCCCAGGAAAAUACUAUGUUUUUUCUUCGGAAUUCUAAAAAUAAACAAUCCGAUUGCUAAAACGUAAUCUUUCUGCAACUCUCGUUUAUAUGGGCAAUCCAAUCAUAGAAGAAUGUAGAUUCGAGUAAUCUUUCAGCAACUCUCGCUAUUAGCAAUCAAUACAUGGAAGAAUGUAGAUUCGAGUCGAGUGAGUUACAAGCAUCUCUUAUGGCGUCCACUCCGUUGCUCACCGAUUCUUGGAGUUUAUGCAACGCCGCCAACUGCGACGGCGGUUUAAAGAUCCAGGGCAUAGACAGAAUCACCUACGUUGCUGUGCCGGCGGUGCCGUUGACUCAGCUGGGGAAUCUUGUGGGUUUGGAUGUCUCCCCAGAUGGGCUUUUCCCCGGCUUAGCCUCUGAGGAGCCUCUUCCGCCUAUGCUUGACGCUUUCAUACUCAACCUCUUCCUUCAAUUAAAGAUGCAGAUUGAAGAAGGAUUGGUAGGAAAACAGCUGGUGGUGAUAACCGGCCAUUCAACCGGCGGCGCAUUAGCCGCUCUCACCGCACUUUGGCUUCUCUCUAAACCUUCUCCGCCGUCAUUCCGCCUCAUAUGCAUCACCUUUGGCUCUCCUCUAUUCGGAAACCAAUCUCUUUCCACCUCAAUCUCACGAUCACGUUUAGCGCACAACUUCUGCCACGUGGUCUCCAUCCACGACCACGUUCCUAGGAGCAGCAAUGAACAGUUAUGGCCCUUUGGAACCUAUCUUUUCUGUUCUGACAAUGGAGGUGUCUGUCUAGACAAUGUUGAUUCCGUUCGUAGGAUGUUUCAAGUGCUCAACGCCACGGGAACUCCACAUACCGAUGAACAUCAAAGGUACGGAUACUAUGUGUCAAUACUCUGUCACAUGUUUCUUGAAUCUAGAAGCUCUCUUGUUGGGAACAUACCUGACAAUAGCUAUGAAGCUGGAGUUGCGUUAGCCGUUGAAGCUCUAGGAUUCACUUGUGAUGACCAAACAGGUGUAUCAGUGAAGGAAUGUAUUGAAAGAGCUACAAGGAUUGGUCGAGAUCCGAUUCUGAGAUCGGCUGAGUUAGCUAAUGACCUUGCUUAUGUCUUGCCAGCAAGGUUAGAGAUUCAAUGGUACAAAGACCGUUGCGACGCAUCACAAGAGCAGCUAGGUUACUACGAUUUCUUCAAACGUUAUUCAUUGAAAAGAGACUAUAAGGUGAACAUGAGUCGCAUGAGGCUAGCUAAGUUUUGGGACAGAGUGUUUGAAAUGGUGGAGACCAAUGAAUUGCCUUUUGAUUUUCAUCUAGGGAAGAAAUGGAUUUACGCAUCUCAAUUUUAUCAACUCUUAGCUGAGCCACUCGACAUUGCGAAUUUCUACAAAAACAGAGAUAUAAAGAGUGGUGGACAUUACUUGGAUCAGGGGAAUAGACCCAAAAGGUAUGUGGUGAUUGAUAAAUGGUGGAAAAAAGGUGGAGAGCCUGAGGAGUGUGUGAGAAGCAGAUACACUAGCGCUACGCAAGAUACUUGCUUUUGGGCUAAGCUUGAGCAAGCAAAGGAGUGGUUGGAUGAGAUGACAAGAGAGAGUAGUGAUGCGCAGAGCAGAGACUUGUUAUGGAAAAACAUUCUCGAGUUCGAAAGUUAUGCGAAUAAAUUGAAGAAGAAAAAGGAGGUUUCUGUGGAUGUUUUGGCUAUUAACUCGAGUUACAAAGUGUGGGAGAGGAAUCUAGAAGAGUUUAAGUUGAAAAUGGGUUUUGGAAAUGGAAGCGAGAUGGUUGAUGGUGAGAGUGACGCUAUGGAGACUUAGUAGGAAUAAUAGCAUAUCUAAUGUUUGAUAGUGUUGGGGGGGAGCUAAUCGUUAUGAAAUUUACCAACCACCGUAAAAUUCCUCAAUCUGUAUCAUUGUUAUUCAUGUUUUGUUGCAAGACUUUUCUCAUUUUAUUUUAAUUUUUUUUUUUGUAAAACGACUUUUCUCAUUUAUGUUACCACUGUAAAACCAUCUUUAUCGUUAAAAUAAUGUUCAACAAGUUUUGUAAA